AUGAUGACGGCUGGCAGCGGCGGUGCCGACACCGGGGUCCCCAAACUCUCGGGAACUACCAUCACCCUCACCAUGACAUCCCUUUGCUUAUCGGCGACCUUGUCCGCGCUGGACAUGACCAUCGUGACCACGGCCGUCCCCAACAUCGUGGCCUCUCUCCAGUCGGUCGCCGGGUACAUCUGGGUGGGCUCCGCCUUCAUCCUCGGCUUCACGGCCGUGACGCCCGUCUGGGGCUCCGUUGCGGACCUAUGGGGCCGCAAGCCCAUCAUCCUGCUGGCCCUGACCAUCUUCCUGGUCGGCAGCCUCCUGUGUGCCCUCGCUCCACACAUGGAUGCUCUGAUUGCCGGCCGCGCUAUCCAGGGUGUUGGCGCCUCCGGCAUGGGCGUCAUGGUGAAUACCAUCAUCUGCGACAUGUUCUCGCUUCGCGAUCGCGGCCUGUACCUUGCCAUUACAUCUAUUAUUUGGGCCAUUGGCAGUGCAAUAGGCCCAAUUCUGGGUGGUAUUUUUACCACGCGACUAGAGUAA